UAGAAAGUUAGAAGGGUAAGGAGAUAACCGAGUACCCUCCGUACACAAAUUCUCUCCUCCAGUCUUUUCUUCUCGCUUGGUCCCUUCAGAGUAUAAGCGGGGGAAACUUUCACCGGCGACGAGCAAGCUGCCCGUGGGAAUUGUUUCUGUUGUCGUCAGGAGGUCGUGUGAGGCGGGGUUUACAGCAGUUGUGAUGCCGGGUACAUGAGUUCGUCAGGGUCAUUGGAUUACUUUGAUGACGCUCGUUUCAGAGCCCAACAAGGACAGGUUGCUUCUGACUCCAUUCAACUUAUUUUGCUGACAUUUGCUUGGCGACACAGAGAUCUAGAUCCCAUGGCAGUCAAUUUGCUUGCUUUAGGUGGUGUGCGGUGAGAAGGUAGAUGCCUCUCUCUAACAAAUCUCCAACAAUUGAAGCGGUGAGGCAAGAAGAUUCUAUCGAAACCCUUACGACGGCAGGAUACAGAGAUAUUCCUCAUAAAUGAAAUGAUAGAUAUCUGAAAGCUGUAAGCUACUUCCUGGAAUGGCUAGUGAAAUACUGUCGAUGAAGGAAAGCAUUUCAGGAGGCAAUGCUCUAUCUAAUGCUUCUGGAACUUCCAGAGAAAUUGAUGGUGGCUCUGACAUAUUUGUUACUAAAGAAGUGAAGCUCUCAGAUGGAUCUAUUGCUCGGGAGGGAGUCAACAAUUCACAGUCAGAGCCAAAGGUUGGCAUGAUAUUCAAUUCUGAAGAACAAGCUUAUGAAUUUUAUAAUUCUUAUGCAAAAGGAAAAGGUUUCAGUGUUCGAAAAGGUCAUCUUUCACGAAGGAAGGAUGGGAGUAUUCGGGAUAGACACUACUUGUGCAGCAAUGAGGGGACACGGCAGGAACAUCGCACACACAUAACAAAAAAGCCACGGGCAAUUGAGAGAACUAAUUGCUUGGCUCGCAUUGAAUUAAAAGUUAGUCGUGAUAAUGCAUGGACUAUUAGCAAGUUCAUUGAUGAUCAUAAUCAUCCACUCGCAAGCUCAAAUAAGAUACACAUGUUGAGGUCUCAUAGAGCAAAGUUUUCUCCCCAUCGUGCUUUCAUUAGUGAAUCGGACUAUGUUGGCAUCAAACCUGCCCAAACAUGUGGUAGUCAUGUAGAUAACGUUCGCUGUGCCGAAACUACUACGUUUCCUUACAAGAAUCAGAGUUACCAUUUGCUGCAAAGUAAUCGAACCAGAGAUCUUGAGAAGGGAGAUCUUCAAUUCAUCUUGGACUUCCUGAAAGCCAAGCAAUCCGAGGAUCCUACUUUCUGUUAUGCAGUGCAGCUCGAUGAAAAGGACCGGCCCACCAAUUUCUUUUGGACUGAUGCUCGAUCCAUAUUUGAUUAUAGUUGUUUUGGUGAUUCAGUUUUGUUUGAUACCACGUACCGGGUGAGCAUUUAUGACAUUCCCUUUGCUCCUUUUAUUGGUAUUAAUCAUCACAAGCAAAUAGUUAUUUUUGGUGCUGCUCUGCUCUUGGAUGAAACCAUCGAGUCAUUCUAUUGGUUAUUCAAGAGUUUUUUAGAAGCAAUGUCUGGAAAACAGCCAAAAACGAUACUGACUGACCAAUGUGCAGCAAUGUCAAAGGCAAUUUGCAUGUCAAUGCCUGAAACGUAUCAUCAGUUUUGCAUAUGGCAUAUACUUGAAAAUGCUCCAAAAAUCAUUCCACAUAUUUUCAGUCGUGACCCCAGCUUUGAGAGAGAAUUUGAGAACUGUUUAUCUGAAGGCUGCUCUGAAGUUGAUUUCUGCAAAGCAUGGGAAAACCUGAUAUCCAAACACAAUCUGAUGAACAAUUCGUGGUUGGAAGAUUUAUAUGCUGCUAGAGAAAAGUGGUCAUUGGUGUACUGCAAAAAUUCAUUCUGUGCCACCAUGACAACCAAGGAAUGGAGAGAAACCAUGGACAACAAUUUCAAAAUGCUGUUCUAUAGGAAGUUGCCUCCAUCGAAAUUCAUGGUGCAGUAUCAGAGGGCAUUGAACCAGCUCCGUGAGAAGGAAUUUCGCGAAGAUCAUGAAUCAAGGGUUUGCAAAUCAGCCCUGCUGGCUGAUAUACCAACACUGGUGGAAGCUGCAGAAUCUUACACAAGAGCAAUAUACAGGGAUUUUGAAGAAGAGUAUAAAAGCCAGCUUGCUUGUCUCUGUGAACCCGUCGGAAUAGAAAGAAACAUUUACACUUUCAGGGUGUCAAUUCCUCAGAAACGUUCUUUUGGUCUUGUCGAGUUCGAUUCAUCAAAUGUCUCGGUUGUGUGCAGCUGCAAGAAGUUUGAAUCAAUGGGAAUUCUUUGCAUGCAUACCCUGAAGGUGCUUAACUACAACAACAUUCUUCACCUUCCAACACGAUACCUGCUAAAGAGGUGGACAAAGCAUGCCAAGGAUGGAGUGGCAACGGACCCCCAGCUUAGCACUGAAGACCAAACUGUUUCAGAUCUUCAUUACAGUCAGGUUGUGCGCAAGGCCAUUACAGUUGUGGUCAAAAGUGCCUUCUCAAAGGAAGCCCUUGAAAUGGUUGAGCGGAGGCUCGAUAGGUGCAUGGCAGAAACUGAAAAUACACUUUCGAAUGCUCCCCCAGACAAGCAACUAGAAGAUGUCAUUAUUGUACAUAAUAUGCAACAGAAUGCCGUUGAAGCAAACAAUCUUUUGUUUUGAUGGAUUUCAUCUCAUGUUCUCUACCUGAGUUAAUAUGAUUCUUUUCCCAGGUGGUA